AUGUCUGCCCCUACAUCCCCGCCGCCCGACCCCCUGCCCCCCGAUGAGAAUAAGGGGAUCAUCCUUCUCGCGCUGACGUGCACCCUGACGAGCAUCGCCAUCGUCAUGACUGCCUUGCGCUGUUGGGUUCGCAGAGUCUAUCACCAGCUGGGCUGGGACGAUUACCUGAUCGCGAUCACUACCCUCCUGGCCGUGGCGCGUAUAGGGUUGCAGAUCGUUGGCGUGAAGCAUGGGAAUGGACGGCAUAUCUGGUACCUGAGCGACCAGCAGUACGAGUGGAUCGUGCGGUCGAGCUGGUACACACAGCUGAUUCUCUUCCCGGCCAUCUGCCUUCUGAAGAUUUAA